GCUUGGGAAAUGUCUACUCUAAUACAAAAAUUAUAUCACCCUUAAUUUUUGAAAAAAUGUCAUAUAGAACAUUGAGUUUUGGAAUUCUUAAUAAAAUCUCAGAUUUAAGAAAGAAAUGCUUCUUAAUUCUUAAAUUGCCAAUUUAGCCUAUUUUUUAUGAGAAGGAUAGAGUAUUAUUGAGGUAGAAAUAGGAGGUAAAUUUAAAUCACGAAAAUUUUAAUAGCACGUGAA